UCGAAGAACUGAAGAAUAGAAUCCAACAACUUCACCAUUUUUGGAGGGUCAGACCAACUCCAAAAUCCAAGAUUGACUAAUAUUUUCAGCACUACAUAAAGAGUAGAGUUCGUACCUAUUUGCAUAUCACCACAAGAAUUGUGAUCUAAGAGUUCAUACGGACUCUGCAACAUGUUCAGGCAGUCAUCUUUCUCAGCCUUCCUUGCAAUGGCAAUCAUCGUGGUGCAUUUUGUGGCAUGUGAAUCUGCCGAUGCCGGGGGACACGAACCGGUCCUUGAAUUUUAUAUGCAUGACAUUUUCGGUGGUGGCAGCCCAACGGCGAGACCGAUUACUGGCCUGCUGGGGAACAUAUACACUGGUCAAGUACCCUUUGCAACACCUAUAGACUUCCUUCCCCCAGAUGAUGGUAUUGCAAUCCCAAAUGCCAAUGGUGCUCUCCCUACUGUUAAUGGCAUCAAUGGGAUCCCUCUAGGGACUGGCUUGUCUGGCACUACUUUUGCUGGAAAUCCCAACCCACAAAAUAUACCCCACACCCAAUUGGGACCUGAUGGGUUGGGACUAGGCUUUGGAACGAUUACCGUCAUCGACGACAUCUUAACCAUCGCACCAGAGUUGGGCUCGCAGUCAAUUGGCAAGGCACAAGGGGUGUAUGUGGCUAGUUCAGCUGAUGGAACUACGCAGAUGAUGGUAUUUACAGCCAUGGUUGAAGGAGGAGAAUAUGGUGACAGUCUCAACUUCUAUGGAGUAUACAGGAUUGGUAGCCCCUCGUCGCAUUUGUCAGUGACCGGAGGAACAGGCAAGUUCAAGAACGCACGUGGGAUUGCAGAGGUGCGGUCGCUCAUUCCUCCUGGCCAGCACGUCACAGAUGGAGCAGAAACAUUGCUGAGGUUCAUUGUGCAUCUAAGCUACUGAAAACCGUGGUCUAUAGUUCCUAUCAAAUGCAU